CCACCUUGUCCUCACCAAGACUAUUAGCCAGCUUAGAACAUGGAUACCCCUCAGCCCAACAAUCAAACAGUUGGGUGGAUGCCCGAAGCGUAUCACGAUCGCGGAACAGCAUCGCUGCUGUACAGCAACCUAAUCACCCUCUUCCUCUGCUCCUGGUCAGCUGUCCAUCUCAAUGUGCCAGCGGAUGAAGACUCCUGUAUAAUGAUCAAGCUACGGAAGAUUAAGUGGAUGAUGGUGGCUAUACUAGCCCCUGAGUUUGUAGCAACUGCAGCAUUUCGAGACUGGCGUUACGCUAGAAACUGGAUGGAGGAGUUUGACACCUGGAAGGACAUCCGUCGGUAUUGGGAAAAGAUUCAUGAUCGCUGGACAAUGACGCACGCAUUCUUCCUCGAAAUGGGCGGCUUGGCCAUUGAGCUCCCUUCCGGCGUCCGCGUAAGAAUGUUGAAGAGCCCUGAUGGCGACCAUGGCUUUCGGGAACUUAUGGACAGGGGCAUGGAACUCCCAUUCAUCUCUGAGGAAGAUGUUCAGGAUAAGAGCAAGGCGUCGUGGCUAAUCAAGGCGAUUGCGUUCGGUCAGAUCGCGUGGUUCGCGACCGAAAUCGGCGCUCGAUAUGGCCAGGGCCUCCUCAUCGCUCCUCUUGAGCUCUUCACCCUCGCAAUCGUCGUGUGCACGCUCAUCUCAUACGUUUUUAUGGUGGAACAAACCGCUCGAUGUCGAGAGGCCUCUGAUCAUUACACUCCACGGGACGCAUCGAAAGGUUUUCCCACCAAAACACAAAAAGCCCCAAAUAAGACCAGUCUCCUACCAGGACGAUGA